UCCAUGGCGACGGGCGGGCCCGCCCCCCUGAGAGCGACACGAGCCAAUGGGAAGGCCUCGGGGUGACAUCAUGGGCUAUUUUUAGGGGUUGACUGGUAGCAGAUAAGUGUUGAGCUGCGGGCUGGUUAAGGGCUCAGAGUUGCACUGAGUGUGGCUGAAGCAGCGAGGCGGGCGUGGAGGCGCGCGGACUCAGACAGACAGACUCAGUCAGUCAGUAAGGCAAUAGAGUCUGAACUGCAAAUCUUAUUUUCUUUUCUAUUUUCUCACCAACUGCCCAGAGCUAGCGCCUGUGGCUUCCGGGCUGGUGUUUUGGGGAGGGCCCGGACAGCCUCUUCUCCAGUUGCCCCCGGGAGGAGAGCCCCGCUGCCCGGGCGCUGACAGCCGCGGAGAGCAGUGACUGCCCGCCAGCCAGGGGAAGUCCAGCGAGCGGCUGCAACGGCAAAGAACUUUCCCAGCCGAGAGGAGAGGGGACAAGUGGCCCCUGGGUCUCGAAGCGAACGUUUGCAAACCUUUCCUCUUCCUUAAGCUACCGCGGCGGCGGUAAAGAAGGCGGCGGGAGAGGAAAGGAGGGACGCGCGUCCAGGUUCGCUCACACCGGUUGCUGAAUUUGGGCAAGCGCGAGCUGCGGCUGCCAGGCGCCCCCUCCCCUAGCAGCGGAGGAGGGGAGAGUCGUCGGAGUCGGGGCGGCCGCUAUCCGCCGCCGGCCCGCCACUGCCGGGUCUGCACUAAGUGGCGCCGCCUGGAGAGUCGCUGUCCCCGGGAAGCGAGUUCGACCGAGGAACCGCUGCGCCCGCCGAGCGCUCAGUGAGUGACCGCGACUUUUUCAAAGAGGGGCAACGCGCGCGAGCGGACAAGGAAGGGUGCCGGAGGCAUCUUAACCCUGCGUUCCCUGGAACGAGCUGGUGGGGAGGGCGCCGGGGGGAGGACAGCCAGCGGGUGCGCGCGCUCUUAGAGAAACUUUCCUUGCCAAAGGCCGCGGGAGGCGCGGGUGUCCCUCGGUUGCCAACGCGCUGUUGCGGCCCCGAAACUUCUGCGCGCAGCCCAAACUAACCCCACGUGAAGUGACGGACUCUUCUAUGACUGCAAAGAUGGAAACGACCUUCUAUGACGAUGCCCUCAACGUCUCCUUCCUCCAGUCCGAGAGUGGCGCCUACGGCUACAGUAACCCCAAGAUCCUGAAGCAGAGCAUGACCCUGAACCUGGCCGACCCGGUGGGCAGCUUGAAGCCGCACCUCCGCGCCAAGAACUCGGACCUCCUCACCUCGCCCGACGUGGGGCUGCUCAAGCUGGCGUCGCCCGAGCUGGAGCGCCUGAUAAUCCAGUCCAGCAACGGGCACAUCACCACCACGCCGACCCCCACCCAGUUCCUGUGCCCCAAGAACGUGACAGACGAACAGGAGGGCUUCGCUGAGGGUUUCGUGCGCGCCCUGGCUGAACUACACAGCCAGAACACGUUGCCCAGCGUCACGUCCGCGGCGCAGCCGGUCAGCGGGGCGGGCAUGGUGGCCCCGGCUGUGGCUUCCGUGGCGGGCGGCAGCGGCGGCUUCAGCGCCAGCCUACACAGCGAGCCUCCGGUCUACGCCAACCUCAGCAACUUCAACCCUGGCGCGUUGAGCAGCGGCGGCGGGGCGCCCUCCUAUGGCGCCGGCGGCCUGGCCUUUCCCGCGCAGCCCCAGCAGCAGCCGCAGCCGCCACAUCACCUGCCCCAGCAGAUCGCCGUGCAGCACCCUCGGCUCCAGGCCCUGAAGGAGGAGCCGCAGACGGUCCCCGAGAUGCCCGGGGAGACGCCGCCCCUGUCCCCCAUUGACAUGGAGUCACAGGAGCGGAUCAAGGCGGAGAGGAAGCGCAUGAGGAACCGCAUCGCUGCCUCCAAGUGCCGGAAAAGGAAGCUGGAGAGGAUCGCCCGGCUGGAGGAAAAAGUGAAAACUUUGAAAGCGCAGAACUCGGAGCUGGCGUCCACGGCCAACAUGCUCAGGGAACAGGUGGCACAGCUUAAACAGAAAGUCAUGAACCACGUUAAUAGUGGGUGCCAACUCAUGCUAACGCAGCAGUUGCAAACGUUUUGAAGAGAGACUGCCGGGGGUUGAGGGGAAACGGAGACAACACAGAGACAGACUUGAGAACUUGACAAGUUGUGAGAGAGUGAAAAAAGAAGUGUCCGAGGACUAAAGCCAAGGGUAUCCAAGUUGGACUGGGUUGCGUCCUGACGGCGCCCCCAGAGUGCACGAGUGGGAAGGACUUGGCGCGCCCUCCCUUGGCGUGGAGCCAGGGAGUGACAGCCUGCGGGCUGCCCCGCUUUACGGAUGGGCUGUCCCCGCGCGAACGGAACGUUAGACUUUUCUUUAACAUUGACCAAGAACUGCAUGGACCUAACAUUCGAUCUCAUUCAGUAUUAAAAGGGGGGAGGGGGAGGGGUUACAAACUGCAAUAGAGACUGUAGAUUGCUUCUGUAGUACUCCUUAAGAACACAAAGGGGGGUGGGUGGGUGGGGUGGGGAGGUGGGAGGGAGAUUUGUGAGAGGGAAGCUGAGCCUACAGAUGAACUCCUUCUGGCCUGCCUUCGUUAACUGUGUAUGUACAUAUAUAUAUUUUUUAAUUUGAUGAAGGCUGAUUACUGUCAAUAAACAGCUUCAUGCCUUUGUAAGUUAUUUCAUGUUUGUUUGCUUGGGUGUCCUGCCCAGUGUUGUUUGUAAAUAAGAGAUUUGGAGCACUCUGAGUUUACCAUUUGUAAUAAAGUAUAUAAUUUUUUUAUGUUUUGUUUCUGAAAAUUCCAGAAAGGAUAUUUAAGAAAAUACAAUAAAAUAUUGAAAAAGUACUCCCCACCAACCUCUUUUCUGCAUUGUCUAUAGAUUAACUAAGUGGAGUUGAAAGAGUUAAGAGUGUCAAUUAAAAUCACUCUCGAUGCUUACUACCAAGCAGUAAAAACUAUUCUCUGCUGGACGUUAGAAAUUAAUGUAGCUGAUGCUAUCAUCAAGUUAUACUCGUCCCUCCGCCAACUAUCUAUAUGAAAUUGCUUACCAAGUGGUAACGUGUUUCUAGGGGCUGGGCAGAUGGAGGUUAUGGUGGAGUGGGACGGCCCACUGGGAAGUCAAAGUUUGGGAUUGUGUCAAGUGGCAUGUGCUGUGACCAUUUAUAAUGUUAAUAGAAAUUUAAUAAUAGAUGCUUCUUCUCAAAGCAGGAACUGGUAGAUUUUACAAAAGACGUAUCCUUCCAAUUUGGAAUCUUUAACAAUUCCUAGACAAAAAAAAAAAGAUGGUCUUUGCUUAUGAAUAUUUAUAACAGCAUUCUUGUCACAAUAAAUAUAUUCAAAUACCAA